AUGCAAAUCUCUCAAACCACAUCUCAUGAGGCAAAGACAUUUGCAGAUUAUUUACUUAAUAUUGGUAAUAGCACAGAACCAACAACUGAAAAUAAUCUAAUUCGCCUUCCUGAUGAAAUAGUUAUUUAUUCGCAAAGCAAUAAGGACUCUAUUAACUCACUAAUAGAUGCUAUAUAUUAUAAUCUUGCUAAAAAUAUCACAAAUACUACAUUUAUAACCAAGAGAGCAAUAUUAACCUCAUUAAACAGUGAUGUUGAAGAACUCAAUAAACAAAUAAUGGCUAAGUAUUCUGGAGAAUUACAUAUGUAUUAUAGCUUCGAUUCGGUGCCAGAAGAUAAUCUUAACUUAUAUCCUAUUGAAUACCUUAAUUUUCUAACACCUUAA